GACAUCUGCCUGUUUUUGACCCACCACAACCCCGAAGCUAGACUUCCGCGUUCCGAACCAGUUUCUCUAGAAAAUACGUGCCCACCCACCUGAGGUGGAAGGAUAUAAUCUGUAAUGUUACCUGUGUCUCGACCCGAGGGCCAUAUGAGCCUCAACUAUAUUCCCACGACCCAGCCCAUGUCCGGGACCUCCACGGGGCGCAGCUCGCCCAGUGAUCUGUCGGCCUCCGCCGUCAAGUCGCCGUUCGGAUCCGCCAACAGCCUGAAUGGCGCCGCCGGUUCAAUUGGAAGCGCGAGAAUCGGGGCUGGAUCCCCUUCGCACGGUGAUAUCGGAGCUCGCUUGUUUUCGAAACGAGCUCGAGAGAUCCAAGCAGAGGAAGGUGUCGCUCCGAGCAUCUGGGGUCCCCCGACUAGUGGCCACUCCACCCCCCUGCGUGAAAAUAUCCCCGAAUCCCCGAGUCAGGAAGGAUUCCCAGAUCUGGUCCCGACAUCGAGCGGGCCGGUGGGUAGCUCUGGUCGGAGGGCGAGGGCCGGUACGGUCCCCUCGAGAUUUUCGCCCGUGAAUUCCCUCAGUGAGGCGAAUCUGCAGCAGCCCUUCCUCUCUCAAUCCUCCCGACCCACGCCGUCGACGAGCCCCUUCCGCCCUUCCGGUGUGCUCGAUGCCGGUGUCAAGCCCGGACCCGCGGCGGGCGGCAACGGGUCCGGCUCUCUGUCGCGUCUGCGUGCCGGUUCGAUGCCCCAGAGGUCCAACUUCCUGGGAUCUUCCAGCCCCUUUGGUCACUCCCUGUUUUCGACCAACUGGUCCACCGGCCGCGAGCGAGCGACCACCCUCACGAGUAUCCGGUCUUCCGAGGGUCCCGCCUCCCCGAGCCAGUCGUCCUUCUCGCGAGACGGUCUGACCGAUACCGAUGUGAAAACGCUGGAUUACUUGGGUCUUGCGGAGCCCCCUCAGCACGGACAGGGCCUCGUGCGACCCCCGAUGGACGUCCUUCUUCAACAGCAGCAGCAGCAGCAGCAGCAGCAGCAGCCGUCUUCUUCCCUGCCACCAUUGUUGGCUGAGCUGGCCAUGAUGAAGAAUAACAACCGGAUCCGGUCCUACUCCGUCAAUGCCAAAGAGAAAUACGCGGAUGACGAGGAUUUGGAGUAUGAGAACCGCUACUCGCAGAUCCCCUCCGGCUCCGUCACGCCGUCCGCGGCGGCUACUGCGGCCCAGUUGGCUGCGACCCAGGCCCAGAUCCACCAGCACAAUCUCGCCGUCCAAGCGUUCACCAACCAUCCGUCGAUCAAUCGCCCUCGUGCCCGGACGGCGGGGAUUCUGGAGGCUCCUCCUCAGCGCUCGUCGAUCCGGAACUAUCUCGCCACCCCUUCGCGCCUCGAAAAUAGCUUCAGCGCGGCCGAUCUGAACAUCGCCGAGCACGGCGAGUACGAUGAACUGUCCGAGGCGGUGCAGUUGCUGCAGCUGGGAGGCGGUGCGCCCAACAUGGGCAUGCGGUCGGCCGGCGAGAUGAUCGACGACAGCAACCAGGACGGCCCAACCCGCGCUUUGUGGAUCGGCAGCAUUCCUGUCUCCACGACCGUGACCUCCUUGGAGGCGAUCUUCAGCAUGUAUGGCAAGAUCGAAUCCACCCGUGUGCUGACGCACAAAAACUGCGGCUUUGUCAACUUCGAGCGCUUGGAGAGUGCCGUCCAGGCCAAAUCACUGCUGAACGGCAAGGAGAUCUUCCCCGGUGCGGGCCCCGUCCGCAUCGGAUAUGCCAAGGUCCCCGGUACCUCUGCGUCUGGCACGCCCGGGGCCAAUGGUCUCCAGUCUUCUCCGACCCCCGAUUCCCACGUCAAGGGCGACAGUGUCGAACGUUCCGAGGGCGGGGCCGGUGUGCCGGAGAUUCCUGCCCUCCCCGACCUCCAGCCGGAGAUGGUGCAGAUCGUCAAGGAGUUCGGAGCGACCGAGGAGGAUGCGCUGAACAUCACCGCCAGCAUCCAAGGGGCCAUUGCCUUCCGGGCCUUUGAGGACGAGAUCCCCCCCGUCCCGGAGCCCAGCCAGACGCGGAUCUUCGAUGCCCCCCGCCUCCGUGACAUUCGCAAGCGGAUCGACAACGGAACGUGCCCGCCGCAGGAGAUCGAGGAGAUUGCCAUCGACAUGCUCCCGGAGAUCGCGGAGCUUGCCUCAGAUUACCUCGGCAACACGGUCGUCCAGAAGCUCUUCGAGUAUUGCUCGGAGUCGACCAAGGAGCAGAUGCUAAUGCAGAUCGCCCCGCACAUGGCGGAAAUCGGCGUCCACAAGAACGGCACCUGGGCCGCUCAGAAAAUCAUCGAUGUCGCCCAGACGCCGGCCCAAAAGCAGCUGGUGGUCGAUGCUCUUCGCCCGUACACCGUUCCCCUCUUCCUCGACCAGUACGGAAAUUACGUGCUGCAAUGCUGCCUUCGCUUCGGCGCUGGGUUCAACGAUUUCAUCUUUGAGACCAUGCUCAGCCGCAUGUGGGAGGUGGCCCAGGGACGAUUCGGCGCCCGGGCCAUGCGAGCCUGUUUGGAAAGCCACUACGCGACCAAGGACCAGCAGCGCAUGCUCGCCGCCGCGAUCGCUCUCCACAGCGUGCAGCUCGCCACUAACGCCAACGGCGCUCUGCUGCUGACUUGGUUCCUGGACACGUGCAUCUUCCCCCGCCGUCGGACCGUUCUUGCGCCGCGACUGGUCCCUCACCUGGUUCCGCUGUGCACCCACAAGGUCGCCUACUUGACCGUGCUCAAGGUCAUCAACCAGCGGAACGAGCCCGAGGCUCGGGAGAUCGUCCUGAAGGCGCUGUUCUUCAGCCCCGGCGAUGAAGUCCUGGAGAAGAUCCUCAGCGACCAGACGUCGGGGGCCACCCUCAUCUUCAAGGUUCUGACCACGCCCUUCUUCGACGAAUCCAUGCGUGCCGAGGUGGUCAAGAACGUGUCCAAGGUCCUCACCAAGUUGAAGGCCACCCCCAGCCAGGGCUACAAGCGCCUGAUGGACGAAGUGGGGCUGUCUUCCCGGAGUAGUGGUCGGGAUAACCAUCACGGACGGGAUCACGGAGCCCACGCGUCCAACUCGGAGAAGCACUCCCACCGCGCCAACGCCCGGCAGGGAAACUCCGGGUUCCCCACCCAGCCGGCCGUGGAGCGGCAAUACAACGGGCAAUUCGUCCCGGGCAUGCUCCCUCCGAAUCUGGACGGCGUUCGCGGCGUGGGGUCCGAGCCACCCGCCGCCUCGCCGUAUGAUCCGUACGCUGUCAACGGCUUGAACGGACUUGGUGCCUCGGGCACUCUAAACUCGCUGAACGGCAUCGGCGGGGCUGGCUUCAGCCAAGAUCCCUUGAUGUCUUUCAAUCCCCAGCAGGCCCAGCAGUAUCAGGCCUACGUCGCUGCGCAAGGCCGCGGCGUCUCGCCUUCCGGUCUCUACCCACCUCUGACCAAUCCCGGCUACGGCUAUCCCGGCGGAUCGCCCGAGAACCUCCGGUCAAUCCCGAGCCAGGCUCCUCCGGCCCCGAUGAACCCGGGCCCCGUGCUCAACCAACCGCCCUACGCACCGCAGCAGUUCAGUCCUGUGAUGGGCGCAUCCCAGAUGUAUCAGUACCCUCCGUUCUAUUCGCAAACCCAGCCGACCCAAGGACAGUCCGCUGGGGGACGUCGCGGACGAUGACGCACGAAACCAAUUUUUUUCUUUAAUUCGAAUU